AUGUCACGUUGACGUAUUUAAAAGGUGCUCGCUCCACCUUCGUUUCACUCUCUGUGGUGUAUCACACAGGAAACACUCAGUGGCACUUGUCGACACCGAAAUAUUAAACAUGUUUCUUUUCAAACUGCUUAUAGUAACUUUAAGUUUUUAUGAUUUGGAUGCUUUGAGGACUUGCCCAAAAGGGCAAAGGUUAAAUCCUAAGGCAAAUGGUUGUGAUGUCUGCCCAAAUGACGCUUUCCAGCCUGAAGAGAAUGAUUCCCAAACCUGCAAAGUGUGUACAAAGUGUGAUGGCGAAUCGGGAAGUGAUGUUAAAGAGAAUUGCACAAAAGAGACAAACACAAAAUGUCAGUGCCGGGAAGGAUUUGUUCCCUGGGAAAGUGAUUCUUCCUCUUGCAAAUGUGAAAUUGGAUUUGAGCUGAAACAUGGAGGUAGAGAAUGUGUAAAAUGUGACGACGGAUAUUUCAGCACACGUAUGACCUCGCCCUGUCAAAAAUGGAAAGAAUGUAAAUGUGGAGUGAAUACCAAAGGAACCAGCACCUCAGAUGUCAUCUGUAAUAAAGAGUUACAGGGAUGUAGUGACACAAGUAACACUUACUUCACUACACCCCGCACAUCAACCACAAAGGUUUCUCUAAUCACACUCUUAACAUCCCAACAUCCACGUGAGAGGGUCCAUACUCAGAGAAUGCAUACGACCACCACCACCACCACCACCACCAAGGCUGCUUCAGAACACAUACCCACCCACAUUGGUACAGGUAUGGCCUUCCUCAUCCUUGGAAUUAUUGGACUGCUUGUACUGACCGCUGUGACCUGCAAGCUGCACAUUUCUCCUCAACCAGCAGCACCAAAAAAUGACUCAUUGUGUCGGAGGCCAGUUGAGGAAAGCGGCGAGGGCAGUCUGGCCUCUCUCAAACUGAAUCCAGGAGAGUACUGAGGUCUCCAAUUAAUCUGUCAACUAAGACUAUGAAAUAUUGGAUCAUAAAAUCAUCAUAGGAAUCAUUUUAGAAUGACCACUUAUAUUUUCCUUGUAUUGUUGCUUUUAUAUUAGAAGAUUGUCACAUCAGAAAGAUUAGUUACUGUGUCUGUAUUGUCGCAGGUGUAAGCAGUAUUGUCAAUAUUUGACUUUUGUUUGUUCUGUUGUAAUAGAAUUAUUGUAAAUUAUGUGAAAGAGAUCAUACCGCACUAUUUGUCAUUUAACUGUUGGUCGGGUUAAGGUUAGAUAGUAAAAGGUAGCUUUUACUACUUAGGAUGCCAUACUUACUUUUAGUAAGAUAAUUAUAUGCAAAUUUACUUUCUGUGUUUCCUAGAUAUAUAUAAAACAUUUUAGAUUUUUUACAAUGACCUCAGAGAUCAUGCAGCUAUUUUAUAUUAACAAUUCUUGUUGCUCUCGCUAAAAUUCAUAUAUAUACAUAUACAUAUGUUUUAAUGCUUUUUCAAGCCUUGUGACUUUAUAUAUUGUGAUCUGGUUUAAUGGGGCAGGAGACACAAGUCUGAGAAAUACACAGUAUGAACAGUAUAGUAAAAGUAAUAACAAUCAAUACCCAUGAUUAUCAACGGCUGGAGCCUUUGAUAAAUACAUUUUACUUUCUUCCCACAGUCUGUUUGUCUCUAUUAUUUUCGUUUUGUUGAUUCAGUUCUGUUCCACCGGUAGCAGAUCUUGCGGUAACUGUGCAUUCAGUGGUGUGUGGGGUUGGGGGAGAUCCCCAUGUGCCUCUUUUUCCCACUGAGAGAUACUUGCUCUCAUGUUUUCGUUUGAGCCGUAGGAAAGAUUGAUGUUGUAAACGUAUAGACUUUCAUGUUGUUUAUACCUCACUGGAGACUUUCCCCGGAGCAGUACAGUCAGAGGAGUAUUGAAAGCAUACCCUCAUUAUUUCUAUUCACUAAUUUCCGCUAAGAAAUCAGAUAAACAAGCCUCCAAGUCACAGGUGUGUAACUGGCUGGCUCUAACUGACUAAAUCUACUUGGUUACAGCUCAUUGAUUGCUUUGACAGCGCUCUCUGUUGGAAUAAGCUUACAUUUCUUGGUUAAAAACUGGUGAACAAAGUAACACGAUCAUUUACUCAGGUACAAGUACCAAUACACAAAUGUAAAAAUACUCUGUCACAAGUAAAAGUAAAUAUGUUUUAGCAGUAAAAUGUGAAUGUGAAAGCAUGAGUAAAAGUACUCUGCAGAAAAAUAGUACAAUAUGUUUUCAUAUUGCCUUCUAUGUGUUUUUAGAUUUUACAAUCUAUAAAAUAGAAAUACUCAACCAAAGUAGGCCCACCUCAACGUUGUUUACAGUGCUUGCGUACAUGUACUUAGUAACUUUUUUUACUGUUUAAACAACAACUCACUAGUUAUCUGACUCUUAUUGUAAAGCACAUUUUUUUGUCAAAUAUUGUCUCCGAUUGAUUGUUGUUCUGUUUUCAAACUGCCAUGUCCUGAGAAAAUGUGAAUAGAUGUUUGGUCUUCUUUACAA